AUGUCUGGUCCUCCUGACUCUCUGUGGCUUGUGGCCCGCUCGAUGAUUUGUCUGUCCUCUAGCUGCUGUGUUCGUCUGGCAUGUCUCCUCUAUACUCGCCAUCCUCAAGACUGGACACCUGCCGAGUCCAAAAUCUACUGCGCGAAAGCCUCGACCGGUAAGAAAUCUACCUCUGGGCACUCGCUGUUAUUUGAUUGUCGGAGUGGCACUGCAAUUGCUGAGACUUGGUUGCCGCAGCCGGCUGACAUUCGGAGCCUAGGCGACCGUCCGGACGCAUUAGAACUCUUGACCUUCACUCGGCCACUUCUCCAGACUGUCGUCUGCUUCCUGCUUGCGGAAUUGUCUGCUUCACUUGCGUAUAUCCACUUGGCUGACGCAUCUAAGAAUGUUUGGUACCUGUGUGUGACGCUUCUCCAUCUUAAGCGCGAUGCCGGGAUCACAGCGAUCCGUCAAGCACUUCUUCAACCGUUAAAGCUCGCUGCCUCCCCAAAUGUCGACCGUCUGCUGCCUUUCUCUUCUGCUCCCCUUCUUGACACCUCGAGCCAUAUCGAGACACAAGGGCGUGUCAGCCACCGAUGUACUGUCGGAGACCUGAGAGCCCGCUCCCUUCCUCAGUUGGCGUCUUUUCAGUCGGACCCUGCGCCACGAUUGGCUAUGGGUCCCAGGUGGCGACUGAGAGAUGGAGAUGGGGCUUUCUGGUCACCGCGAGUAUAUUGGAAGACCUCUUCGAUGCCGAUUGGUCUCUGGCACGCUGUCGGCGGAGGAAACCAACAUGCGCCUUAUUUCUUUUGUGUGACUGCUGCCGAUAUACUGACGUUCAUUGCGGCGGCCUUUCACGCGACAUCGUGCUCUCUCUGUCUUGCGUCUGCUGUCGACAUUUACUCCGGCUCUGGGCUCGGGCUGCUGCCCGGUCUGUGGUCUCUAAGGUCCGCUGGCUGUGGUCCUACUGUCCACCGCACCACUAAGACUUGGCUGCCCGCUGGUCAGAACCUCUGCUCCGCCUUUUCGCUGUCGUAUGUGUUCAUGCUCCUGCCGCUCUGCGCUGCCUUGAUCGCUCUCCGGCUCUCCUUAGCUUACGUCCGAUACCUUAAUACCGAAGGGUUACCUUCUGCAUGCGCUUGCUUUGAGGAGGGUGUCUUUGCUAUGGAUAUGAAACUGGCGGCUUCGCUGAACAUGACACAGCACGCUUUGUGUGCAUCUAUUGCAGGCGGACAGAAGACAUGUUCUGGAAAGGGUGAUCGAGAGUGCCAUUUCCGCCGACGCAUGUCCCUGUGUCGUUUGCGGCCAUUCACAGAGGGCGCCAAAUUCCGCGCCAAAGUCCUUAGCGUUGCCGCCGUGACUCUCCACGACCCGUUCGACAUCCAACACUCGUCGACACAUCGUCUUCGCCGCAUCACUACAACACCGCGACGAACGACGCUUCAACCCCCCGAUGGAACUGGCAACUCCGUCGAAGACCGCGGCACCACGGGUUCACACUCUCAACGAGCGAGACUACUUCGGUAUGCGGAAGGACUCGGGGAGAAGACUCAAAGCUUCAAGCCCCGGGGGGACCUCCGGCGCGCAAGCCCCGGGCAUGGUAGAAAGCAAAAUCAAGUACCCCAAGAAACCGACGGCGACCACGGGACAAGAGAUGGGCCGUCGGUAGCUGCGCCCUUUGGAGGUCGCCUCAGGGUGGCGGCGCUGGAGAGCCAAAAGAAGACUCACCGGCAACAACACUACGGCCAACACCUGCAGCUCGGACAAGUCGCCCGGGCAAACCAGCGAGACUACCGCGCGAUGGGGAGGUCGCCUCUUUGCGCGGUCACAUGCGACGGCCAACACCUGCACCCCGGACUGGUCGCCCGGGUCUGUGGGGCCUCUGAACGAAAGCUCUUUGGCGAAACGGCGAGACUACUGCGUGCUGGGUCGGUCGGCUCGGUGCGUAGUCACAUGCGACGGCCAACACCUGCGGUUCGGAGUGGUUGUCCGGGCUUGCGGGGCCUAUGGCGGAAACUCCACUGGCGAAACAGCGAGACCACCGCGCGGCGGGGAGGUCGCCUCGGUGCGCGGUUCUAUGCGACGGCCAACACCUUCACUCCGGGUUUCGUGGUCGCUCGGGACUGA